AUGAACUCUGCUGCCACUUCUCCUGGUCAAUCAACCCUUACUCUUCUUAAAUCAUCUGAAUGUCAAUCGAACCCCUCACAUCCCCAAAACUGGGACAUCGGCACCAUGAGCAAUACAAUUGUUCCUGGUUCGCGUUGGGUCAUGAAAAUAAGAUAUGAUGGUCAUUUUGAUAUCGCUGGAAACUCUGUUGCCAGUGAAAUCCCGGGGGCAUUCUCUCGCCACACAUUCUUCUGCUGGAAUCCAUUGGAUGUCGGGAAGGAGAACGUGUAUCGAUUAGCGAACACCUUCAUGGGAAAGUUGACAGCGGACAACAUUAUCAUAUUCAUCAAGGCCUGCAUAUUCUAUCCGUUCCCUCCUCAUAGUUCAUGCAUACCGCAAGAAAUUCACCUCCCAGUCGAAAUAGCCCCUUUUCAUAGCCAGCUUCAAAAGUUUUUCUCUGUGUUCCCAUCUCCUUUCUCUUACAAGAUUGAUAAUGCAGAGCACACUUGCGAACAGAACACUCAACUCAGACUCAUUUUUAGAAAUGGCAUGGAGCGAGCGAAUCGCCUGAAGGACGACGGGAAUGCGGCGUAUCACUCAAAGGAUGGGCUUAAAGCCGCAGAUGCAUUCCAUGAAGCUGGAAACUGCGUCAAAGACCUUCUGGAGCAAAAUCUGGAUAAAUCAGAAAGAGAAAUGGCGAGGAGGUUUCUGGCUAUAUGCUACGCAAAUCGGGCUAAUGUGUGGCUGCUACCCGGAAGUUUGAUGGAUCUGCGAAGAUGCGUAGAAGAUGCGAUAAAAGCAGAGGAUAGCGAUCCUUCGUAUAGCAAAUCAUACAUACGCCAAGCAAGAGGAUAUCAAGGUUUGGGUGAAUUUGAUAAAGCAAUGGACACUAUCGCUCGAGCCCUGAGUCGCGAGGACCUGAUGUACGACAUCGACUUGGUCAAAUCAUUGCUCGUUCUUCAAACGGAUGGAAAAGGUCUUCCGCAGACUAGGGUGGAGAUGGAGGAGUGGAAGCGUAAAAUUCUGACGGGCGAUGUGGCGAGCGCGAAGAGGAUGAAAAGUGUUCCUACCAAUGGGGCAUGGCAUCGAAAGGUUGAAGGGCACUGUACUAAUAUAUGUAGAGAACGAGGCUAA